AUGAAUAAUAAUCAAGUGACGUGUCUUCAUUUGUUCGAUUUGUGCCAUGAAGUUCUGCUUGGGCCCCUUAACAAAUCUUUCAGUUUAAACCUUGAACAAUUUUGCCACGAAAAACUGAUCAACCUACCGCCAUCGAUAACAAAUAAAUUUUGCACCAAUUGUGGACAGAUUAAAAUCCCUGGACUUACCAAUAGUACAAGGGUGUUGUAUCGCAGAAAGAGAAGGUAUUUGAGAGUAAGAUGUUAUAACUGCAACUUCAAAGAUGACAAGAAGCUUGACCUAAAGAAGGAUAUUCCAGCUGACAGCAAGAAUCACUCUAGCCCGAUACUCUCUAAACAGGAGGAGCCCAAUAAACUCAAGGGAAAUAUUUCUAAAACAAAAAGAAAGAAAAAGAAUAAUGAUCUUGCAAGCUUGUUGCAGCAGCGCAAAAGACAAGAGGAGGAGAAUAGGAAGGCCAAGUCUUUGAAUUUAAUGGAAUUCAAGAAGAUGCCCUAG